UUAGACAUAUACAUCAAAACAUUACAUUUUCUUUUUCUCUUUCUUUUUGGGAGGCUCCGGGUGAUCAGAAUGGGAACCGAAGUACUUCUACUUCUACUAGUUGUUAUCUGCUUCGCGGAUUUGGGUCGGAUCUUCGCAUCCAACGGUUCCUCCGAUGGGUUGGUGAGGAUUGGGCUGAAGAAGCGGAGCUUGAACUACAACAUCAUCCCCGCCGAAACAGUCGCCGGAAAAUUCAUCCAUUACGUCAACAAGGAGGGUGGCGCCGGCAAUCUGAGAGAGGAGGUUGUGUAUCUAAAGAACUUCUGGGACACGCAGUACUUCGGAGAGAUCAGCAUCGGUUCGCCUGCACAGCAGUUCGCCGUCGUCUUCGAUACCACCAGUUCCAAUCUCUGGGUGCCAUCUUCCAAGUGCCACUUUUCUGUUCCCUGCUUUGUGCAUUCGAGGUACAGGGCGUGGUUAUCCCGAACUUACACCAAAAUCGGAAUAUCUUGCAAAAUCCGGUACGGUUCGGGACUGGUACGUGGCUUUUUCAGCCAAGACAAUGUCGGAGUCGGAAAUGUCGUCGUCAAAGACCAGGUUUUUGCCGAAGCUACAAGUGAAGGAUUACUUGCCUUCUUGCUUGCACAGUUCGAUGGCAUUCUGGGACUUGGAUUUCAGGAAAAUUCCGUUGGGAAUGUCACUCCAUUGUGGUACAACAUGAUUCAGCAAGGUCUUGUAGACAGGCAAAUAUUUUCUCUAUGGCUGAAUAGAGAUCCAAAGUCCAAUGUAGGGGGUGAGAUUGUCUUUGGUGGUGUAGAUUGGAGGUAUUUUAGGGGUGACCACACUUAUGUGCCUGUCACCCAAGCUGGUUACUGGCAGAUUGAUGUUGGAGACAUUCUUAUUGCAAAUAAUCCAACAGGUAUCUGUGAGGGUGGAUGUCCUGCCAUCAUUGAUUCGGGCUCGUCCUUCAUAGGAGGUCCUAUUAGUGUUAUCACUCAAAUCAACCAUGCCAUUGGAGCAGAUGGUGUUGUAAGCUUGGAAUGUAAGAAGGUUGUAUCCAAAUAUGGAGAUCUAAUCUGGGAAUAUUUACUAAGAGGGUUACAACCUGAAAGAGCAUGCUCAAAUAUUGGACUUUGCCUAUAUAACGCAUCUCUACAUUCAAGCAAAAGUCCAUGCAGAGGGGGUAUUGAAACAGUGGUGGGAAGGGAAGACUCAGAAGGGCUUCCAGUAGAUGACAGUGCUCUGUGCACUUUCUGUGAGAUGACUGUUUUCUGGAUCCAAGUGGAACUUAACAAACAAAAAGCCAGGGAAAGAGUUUUCAAAUAUGUUAAUGAGCUCUGUGAGAAGCUGCCGAAUCCAAGGAGAAAAUCGUUUAUUAACUGUGAAAGGAUCGAUGACUUGCCGCCUGUUUCCUUCACCAUUGGGAACAAAUCCUUCCCCCUCUCUCCACAACAGUAUACAAUCAGAGUAGAAGAUGGUUGUUCGACUUUCUGCAUGAGUGGGUUUGUCGCUUUAGAUGUGCCUGCUUCAAAAGGCCCUCUUUGGGUUCUUGGGGAUUUGUUCCUUGGAGCAUACCACACCAUAUUCGACUUUGGCAACCUCAAAGUAGGAUUUGCCAAGAGUGCUGCUUAGGCUCUUGUUGGUUGUAAAUAUAUAUAUAUAUAUAUAUAUAUGAAAUCCUUUAAACUGCUACUAUAUUUAUUGUUUACUCGAAUAAAUUGUAUCCAUCUCCUAAUAAUGAGAUUUUAGAGCUGUUGGCUAAGUUCCAUAGCGAGAAACUAAGCCACGUCUUUGGGAGGUGAACACAAUGUAGUAGAUUUUUAUAAAAGUUUAACGAAAAUUAAAUUUGAAUGGCAAAUGUUGUAUAAAUUUUUUGA